GGUGCUUCUAUUGUCCACUGAGCCCUUGCGUUCAGCCUUUGCCAGGGUAUAAAAGCUAGGGUUCUGCACUGAGAUGGCCAGCACGAUCCAGCCUACCCCACACGGCACAGCAAGCUGUACACGCAGAAUCUCCUGAAUCUCCCUCACCAUGUCUCAGACCGCCAAGUCCGCCUCCAGCCAGGGCACUGAUGUCAAGGACAAGGGAGCCCCUGCUGCCACAAGCAAGACCACUAAGACCGGAGAACCCAGCGUCGGAAACUUCCGAAUCAUGCUGUUCGACCAGGAGAACUUCCAGGGCCGAAUGAUGGAGGUCCAGAACGAGUGCAUGAACGUGUGUGAACGCGGCAUGGACAGAGUGCGCAGUAUCAUCGUCGAGAGCGGCCCCUUUGUUGCCUUUGAGCAGACUAACUUCCGUGGGGAGAUGUUCAUCCUGGAGAAGGGAGAGUACCCUCGCUGGGAUACCUGGAGCAACUCUUACCGUAGCGACUGCCUCAUGUCCCUCAGGCCCAUCCGCAUGGACAGCCUGGAGCACAAGAUCUGUCUGUUUGAGCUCUCCGACUUCAAGGGCAAUAAGAUGGAGAUCCAGGAGGAUGACGUGCCCACCCUCUGGGCGCACGGCUUCACCGACAGGGUGGGCAGCGUGAGGGUGCCCGGCGGAGUGUGGGUGGGUUACCAGUACCCCGGAUACAGAGGCUACCAGUACCUAUUUGAGUGUGGUGACUACAGACACUACAACGAGUUCUGUGCCUUCCAGCCUCAGAUCCAGUCCAUGCGUCGCGUCAGGGACAUGCAGUUCCACCAGCGUGGUUGCUUCAACCUCACCUCCGCCAGCAAGUGAGCGACCUCUGGUGGAUGCACGCUGUAACUGCAGCCAGCCAGCCAGCCCUCCCUCACUCAACCCGCCCAUCGGGCGCUUUUUAUUUCUCCAAUCCUAUUCCUCCUUUCCUUCCCUUCACCCACCUUCACCCCUCCAUCCUAAAGGGUUGGAACGGCAGCAUCGUACCGAACAGAACAACCUAAAUGACUUUUUAUGAUGCCAAAUAAUAAACAUGUUUUGAAAAACUAGAA